AUGCAGCAGCGAGCUCUUCGCCUUGCUGGCGUGUGGGUGCCUCCAGGAGGGAAGUGGUCACUGGCGUACGGCGCCUACUCUGCUUUCGUGAUGCUCUCUGUUGUGACGUUUCUGGCCAGCCAGCUGUCCGCCAUGCUGCACUUCUGGGGAGACAUCCUCAGCGUCACCACCAACGCCUGCGUCACUUUCACCUUCGGCAUGGCCAUUUUCAAGUUUAUUGUCUUCCUCAAGAUGCGCCCAUUAACGAACAAACUCAUUGAGGAGCUUGACACUUGCUUGGAGCGCUACGGGCGGAUUUACGCCCAGGAGAAGGCAACCAUAUUUGGCGGAUGUGCACUCCGAGGGCGCCGCGUUUCCCAGUGGCAGCUGUGCCUGGCGCUGUCCGUCUACGCGGUCUGGGAAGUGCUGCCCCUGCUGCAGAUUCGGACCUGCUCCUCCACAGAGUGUCGCGUCCAGAGCGGCUUCCCGGCCCUCGUCUGGUACCCGUUCUCUUUCACAGAGACGCCACUCUAUCAGGUGAUGUACAUCGUCGUGUCGACAGGCCUCUUCUACGGCUGCUUCGUCUCCAACACGCUGGUCGGCGUGUUCUGCUCACUCAUGAUAAACGUGUCUGGACAUGUGCGGUUCCUCAACGUCAUGGCCAGGAACAUGGGCUAUGUCGAGAAGUGUGGAAAAGGAGACAACUGUCACAGUUGCCGCUAUGCGUCUACUUCCACAGACACUGAGAAGGAAAUGAGGAGACGCCUCAAGGAGUGUGUGCGCUACCACAACGACAUUGCCAGGUUAAUCGAGCGGCUGAGCGCCCUAGUGGGUCCCAUACUGCUAGGAGAGUUCCUCGCUGACGUCAUCACCGUCAGCGUCAGCGCCUUCGUCACUACAACAGUGAGCGAGCGCCUGCAGGUGUCUGCGUACAGCUGCGACUGGACUGGGGGAUCCCCACGUUUCCUCAGGGAGCUGCGGAUCUUCCAGUGCCGCACGGGGCGUCCCCUGCUGCUAACCGCCAGCAAGUUCUACACCAUCACCAGGGAGACAUUCCUACUGCUGAUAAACGCUUCCUACUCCUACUUCGCGCUGCUGAAUCAGCUGAAUUCGGAAUAG